AGCAAGGCUCUGGAGAACAAGGAGGAGGUAAUUAAGCCAUUUCAUUCCAGUGUUUUGUACCUGUGGCUAAAAACUACACAUCUAAAACACUGUGCAAUAACUGUAUGUAAAUGCCAGCAGGAGAGUAAACAUUUCUUGAUUUCGUUGAGAGCAGUGAUUUGAUUGACCAAGUCAACAGCAGAAUGGACAUUAUUUUUUUAAUUGUUUGAAAUGAAUUUAAAAGAGCUAGAAAUGAAUUGUGGGCAGGUUCUGUUGAACAUUGUGAUAUCAUAUGGAAUGACUUGUCAUCAGGCGCUUUUGGAACUUUUGUCAAUAAGAGAGGAGUUCCUACAGGAAUUCAUCCAUUUGAAGAGUUAGAGUCAGAAGAGUCAGACAUAUUACUUCAAGAAAUUCAUUUAGUUGAACUGAGCUUCGGUUUUUCAAUCAUGCAAAGACGAAGUGAACGUUUGCAAAACAAUGGGUACUAUGACAUGUAUGGCCAACCUGUUAUCUCAUACAGGGAGACGCCAGUCAGGCCCAGACGGAGGCGCACAGCAUAUUUCCCUGUGAACCACCCUUCAAAUAGGGAGAUGAUAUUAAGAGUGAGGAUUCAUUGUCGUGAAGACCAAGCAACCCAGACAAUAGACACGCUGAUUCAAAGCUGCUUUCACACCUUUGUCUUUGGAUUUCUCAUCUUUGCUGCUUUUGGUUGUAUUUGGUGGAAUAUUUCCCUCCACUCACGACCCUCGAAGUUAUCGAUGACACCACCUGAAAUUGACAUGGUUAGAGUCUUUGCAGGUAAGGAUGAGGGAUAUCUCUCCAGGCUGCAAUUGAUGGAGACAAAGGUAGACUACCUUCUGCCACAAGUAGAUCUGUGGCCCAACUUUGCUUUGGAGUCCCAAGGAGCAACAAUUUUACGCAAGACAAGCUCAGAUACAUAUCACACCUAUAAAGAAUUUGAAUUGUUUGGGGUAUCUAUCAAGCUACCUGCUAUAGGCCCAGAAAUCGUUAUUAAGGGAAGAUCUCAUCUCAGUCCAGGACACUGCUGGGCCUUUGCAGAUUUACCGGGACGUUUAUCCAUAGCACUGUCCCACAAAACCACCGUCACUCAUGUGUCAAUGAGUCAUAUUCCCAAGUUCGUUUCCCCGACUUCCUCAGUCUCUAGUGCUCCUCGAGAAUUUUCUGUCUAUGGAAAGGAGAACUUGCAAGAUGAGGAAACUCAUUUGGGAACUUUCUUGUAUGAUGAAGAUGGCGACCAAAUACAGACCUUCAAACUUCCUGCCGAUAAAGUUGACACAUUCCACUACGUGACUCUAAAUGUGAACAGUAACUGGGGUCAUCCGGAUUACACCUGCCUUUACAACUUUAGAGUUCACGGUGAACUUGCCAAAUGAUGAGGACAAGGAGAAAAUGGAUAAAAGAUAUCAAAGGGAAUGUAUUUUUUUCUUUUCCAUACACAUAUACACAAAGGCCCACAGGUACAACAGGAACCAAUUACUAUUAUGUUUUACAGUAGUGACAUAUAUUAUUAUGGUCCCUUUAUACUGUAAUAGUAUAGAUUUUAUUC